AUGAACGCUGCUACCGCUCUCCGGGCCCGCAUGGGUGCCUCCUUCGUCGCCCGCCGUGGCUUUUCCACCACCCGCACCCAGCUUGGUAGUCCUUACCACUACGCCGAGGGUCCUCGCUCCAACAUCCCCUUCAACCCUCUCACCAAGUUCUUCUUUUUCAGAUACUGGGCUUUCAUGAUCACCGGUUUCGGUGCUCCCUUCGCCAUUGCUGGUAUGCCCCCCGAUAACCCCCGCCAGUAUCUCACAGCAUUGGCUAACAGCUUCUCUUCCUCUAGUCUGGCAAACCUACAAGGCUCGUUAAAUCCGCUUGCGCACGACCCUUGGUAUCCGGCAAUGGUGGAAACGAGCUAUGUCGGGGAAUUCAUAUAUCCUGUAUAA